UCGGCGAUGCUGGUCACAUGCUACCGACCACGUACAAGGAUGACGCCGACCGGUUCAACACAAUGAAGGUUCGGCCUGAUGACGUCUGGGUUAUCGCGGUUCCUCGCUCCGGUUCAACAUGGACUCAAGAAUUGGUUUGGCUGCUGAAGAACGACCUCGAUUACGACAAGGCAUCGAAAAGCAUACUGGAGGACAGAUAUAUCUUUAUCGGACUCAGACAAUUGACGAAUACAGAAUUGCGAGCAAUACUCACUGAAAGGAGGCCCAGUGUCAUGGAGGCAUUCGAAAAUGCGCCUUCUCCUCGGUUUAUUAAGAGCCACUUUCCCUUGUCUCUGAUGCCUGAGAAUCUCGUGGACAUUGCUAAGGUCGUGUACGUGGCCCGUGAUCCUAGGGACGUGGCAGUCUCUAGUUAUCAUUUCAUGAAAUUGAUGAAAAAUGAUAUAGGAAACUUUAAAUUGUUUUGGAAUCUUUUCAUUCAAGAUUUACUCCUGUAUACUCCGUUCUUCGCCCAUUUAAAGGAAGCAUGGGCAUUACGUCACCAUCCAAAUAUGCUCUUCAUCUUUUAUGAGGAAUUAUCAAAGGAUUUGCCCUCAUGUGUUAAACGCAUGGCAACAUUUCUCGGUAAAGAAGUAACGGAUGAACAAGUAGUGAAGCUUUGCGAACAUUUGAAUAUAGACAACUUCCGUAAGAACGAGUCCGUGAAUCAGACGUGGCUGACUGGAAGAGUUGGUGACCCUGACGCUGAGAGCUUCAUACGGAAAGGUAAAUCGGGGGGCUGGCGAGAGCACUUCGACGAAGAGAUGACGGAGCAAGCACAGCAGUGGAUGCGCGAGAACCUCUCCGACUGCGACCUGCGCUUCCCUGAUGUCGACUAUUAG